UCUGUCAUGUGCAGGUAAAAAUAUUUUUAUACUUGCACUUUUUGUCUGUUUCGUCCAUCGCAGGCAUUACACGCCAGAUUUUGAUAAAAGAUAAAAAAAAUCAGUAGUUUGUGCUGUCCAAGAUAAAACUAGUUUUACCCUAGUUUUAUUCUAAGCGAUUCCUAGUGACAACGCGGUGAUAUCGCACAUUGGGUUCUCUUUUUAAUUCGUGUGUCUGAUAUCGAGCGCGAUUUGAUAAUCAUAAGAGACAGUGAACUUUGAUUGUUUUAUUGCGGAAAUUGAAAGAAAUUUAACAAUAAUGUUUCUUGUCGCAUUGACCGGAGGGAUUGCUACGGGCAAGAGCACUGUGUCGGCGGUAUUCCGACAAAAUGGAGUUCCGGUUAUCGACGCCGAUGCAAUCGCCCGACUUGUGGUCGAGCCGGGAAAGCCAGCAUGGCACAAGAUCAAGGCGGCCUUUGGGGAUGGUGUCUUCCACCCGGACAGUGGCGAACUGAACCGCGAAGCGUUGGGGAAGCUGAUUUUCGAUGAUGUGGAGAAGCGAAGGAUAUUAAAUGAAAUUACCCAUCCGACCAUUCAUAGGAUCAUCUACAAGGAGGUUGUAAAAUUCUUCUUCCUAGGGCAUAACUUCGUUGUGUUGGAUUUGCCACUGUUGUUCGAGACGGGCGUCAUGCUAAAUCUAAUGCAUAAAAUUAUCACGGUUACUUGCGAGGAGGACAUCCAACUGACACGGUUAAUGGAUCGAAACCAUUUAUCGGAGGCAGAUGCCAAGAAGCGCAUCAAGCAACAAAUGCCAUUAGAACAGAAAUGUAAUCAGUCGCAUUUUGUAGUAGAAAAUUCAGGAACCUUCCAAGACACGGAAGACCAAGCCAUGAAAAUACUGAACGUUCUUCAGGAUAGCAAUCAGCACUGGAAGAUACGUGGUGUCAUCUUUGCAACGGCUGCCAUUGUGUUUUCCAGCAUAGCGUGGGUGCUGAAUCACAAGUACAAGUUCCUGUCGAGCAAUUAACAUAUCUGGAGCCGCCUCGGGCAGUGUAUGGGAUCAGGUUUUUCGUUCGGUUAAAAUGUGGUGUCGUCGGCGAUGUUAGUUCUAGCGAAGCGAUUAUAAUUCCUUAUGUUUAAAAACUAUUAUAAAUACUUUCAUUACCAUCUGAUGGAAUCCAGUGAGCAGUGUUCUAGUGUCAUGUGCAUUUUAUUUACUUCGGUGAGUACAAUGAAAUUCUUCAUGAAUGAAAAAAAAAACUAGUUGUGGAAUCAUAAA